GAUGGAUUAUAUACUUGGAUUUUGUGACAGUCUAAUAUGCGCUUCAGUGGUUAUAAACAAGCGAGGAAUACAAUUGAGAACUUAAAUGUUUAUGUAAACAGACUGCAUUUGGUAGACCCUUAUAUUUGCAAUGCGGUUUUAACACUUGGAGCAUUAUCUUUGAAAUCUGUGUCACUUUAGAAUGAAAUGUGGUAGACAUUUUAGUGGAGUAUUCGGAUUGCGUAAUACAGUUGAGGAAUCAUUAUCUGCUGUGGAGGAUUUUUUCCAUACAAAAUGAUGCCAACUGAAUGAUACUGAAAUUGAUGUAUUUUGGAAAGUAAUAAGACCAUUGGUGAAGAUAUAACGUACCCAUGAUGCCGUUGGAAAACAUGACUGUUUGGGAUCCCACGACGGUUACCAUGCAUGCCAAUGACACGGAUCUAAGCUGGAUGCUCAAUAUCACUGGACGGCCUGAAAUAAUCACUCCUCGACCUUGGAACAUCCUAGAAAAGUCCAUAUUCGCGACUUGGAUUGUCAUCUCGAUGGUACUUUCUUUGGUCGGAAAUUUAAUGGUGAUAAUUGUGGUAUGGAGGCACAAAGGAAUGCAGACUCGGACAAACAUGUUUCUUGUCAAUUUAGCGAUAGCGGAUUUGUUGACAGGUCUACUGCUUAUGCCUUUCUCGUUAACGACACUAAUUAAUGACCGCUGGGUCUUCGGUGAUACGAUGUGUAAGAUCAAUGGAUUUUUCAAUAGCGUGUGUUUGAUAUGUUCGAUCCAUACAAUGAUGUAUAUCAGCAUACAUAAAUACGUCUCCAUAACGCGUCCUUUCAGUCGCAUUUUGAAUCACUGGAAAAUUUUAAUAAUGUGCUUGGCAGCUUGGAUAUGGUCCAUCACGUGCGCGAUUCUAACGCUGUUCAUUCUUAGCCACGUUGUCAUAAAACCGGGAGCGAUGCAAUGCGGUCCAGUCUACCCAAUAUCAAAGACGGAGAAAUUACACCAUGUUAUCAUCAGUGGCACAAACAUUUUGUUGCCCCUCGCCGUUAUGUUAUACGCCUACGCAAAGAUGUACAUAGAGUUCAGAAAGCACGCGGUCCGUCUAAGGAAAAACAGCACUCUGCAGUCGGAUCAAAUACUAGGUCAGCAAAUUCAGGUGACAAAGGCCCUGUUCAUGGUGUUUAUUUUCUAUUUUCAGGUCAGCAAAUUCAGGUGA